AUGCUGAAAAAUACAGUACCGUUAAUUGCAUCGCUAAAUAGCGAAAAUGAAGUUCAUUUGCUCAUUGGAACGCACUCCAUGAAUGUCACAACCAACAGAGCUCGCGCUAUUGUUCAAAGUGGUGCUGUUGCGACGAUUGUGGGAUUCUCGAAAAGCUCGGACGCAGAUGCACUGCGCAAGAAAUUCGCAGGCGAAUCUCGCGUUGUGCUGCUUGAAGAUCAAUUCCAAUUGGGCCAUUUGACAACGCUGGGCCGUUCAACGGUGGCCAAAGUCGUGGAAAGAGUAUUUGUGAAUCUGGCGCAAGACCAGGCACUGCUCAUGCAAAGUAUCUACCAACAAUGCGUCAAGCUACGAAUCCCCAUCAACACAUCUCAAAGACCUGAAUUUUCCACCUUUAGCCCCAUUUCCACGUAUACAGACCCAGCCAAAAGCGGACUGCAAAUCGCUGUCACUACCAAUGGACAAGGCUGUCUGCUAGCGAACCGAAUCAAGCGUGAAAUCGUAGCUAGUUUACCCACAAACAUAUCUCAAGCGGUCAUCAACAUGGGCCAGCUACGAGACCGUAUUAUCUACGAGGACAGUAACAGUCUGAUAUCGAACUAUUAUCUCAACCAAGAUCUGCAAGAGCUCGGAUAUGGGGUCGAUGAGGACAACUGGGAUAGCCAUAAGCUGAACAAAUUAGUACACGAAUUUUCCAUGAGCGAUACACAAAAGAGACUCAAGAGAACCAGGUGGUUAUCUCAAGUCAUGCAAUAUUAUCCGUUGGCUCAGUUGGCGGAUGUCUCAAUCGCUCAAUUGGCAGACGAUUACGUGAGUAAUGGAAAAGAGGUGACAAGUGAAGGCAAACUUCCAGAGUCAACAGAAACGAUCCAAAAACACACACCUCAUGAGAAGCUGUCUGAGGACUCUGCGGAACCAUCAACUGCCACUUUGUCGAGCCAAAGCAAGGAGAAGUCUCGUGGCAACGGUUCUAUCUCUCUGGUUGGUAGCGGUCCAGGUUCAGUGUCCAUGCUAACGCUGGGUGCUCUACACGAAAUAAAAACAGCCGAUCUGAUUCUUGCCGAUAAACUAGUGCCAGAAACCAUACUGGCAUUGAUUCCCGAACAAAUCGAGGUUUUCAUCGCUAGAAAGUUUCCUGGAAACGCCGAAAGAGCGCAACAAGAACUACUUCAAAAGGGUUUAGUGGGUUUGCAGGAAGGCAAAAAAGUUGUGAGAUUGAAGCAAGGCGAUCCCUACAUUUUUGGCCGCGGCGGUGAAGAAUACUUGUUUUUCUCACAGCAUGGGUAUGUACCUCAGGUGCUCCCCGGGUUAAGCUCUUCUUUGACCUCUACCGUGGUAGCGAAAAUUCCAGCCACCCAGAGAGAUGUGGCAGACCAAGUUCUCAUUUGCACGGGUACCGGGCGUAAAGGAGCGUUGCCACAAAUACCCGAGUACGUUUCUACCAGAACAACAGUCUUUUUGAUGGCACUUCACCGGUCCGAAGUGCUAGUCGAGGCCCUUCUGCAGCAGAAAUGGGAUCCCGAGAUCCCCGCUACGAUUAUCGAGCGUGCUUCGUGUCCAGAUCAAAGAAUCACCCGAACGCUUUUAAAAUAUGUGCCAGAGGUCGUUAAUGAAAUAGGUUCUCGUCCUCCUGGGCUGCUUGUCGUUGGGAGCGCUGUUGGAGCCUUGAUAGAUCCGGACCUACUGCAAUUCAACGAAGGCAAGAAAUACUACAUUGAAGAAGGUUUUGAUGGACUCAACGACAUUCCACUUGACCUAAGUGCAUUUGGUAAGUGA